AUGGCAUGCACUAAACAAACGCCUGCGAAGUCAAAGGGUGGAAGUGCCCCUCGCGUCCAGAUCACGAAACUUCGACUGACGUUGGCCCCAAAAACUCAAGCUCAGACACUUCGAGUUGCAAAGGCCAUAGUGCCUGCCUGGCAGGCUACUGAAAUGGUGCGCGCUCGCUCGUCGGACGUCGCUGGUUCAGGCUCGGGAGUGCGGACAAAUCAUUUCUGUAUGUUAUGUCAAGAUGGGGCGGAUGAAGACCAUACAAUUUUCGAGUGCGACGAGCCUGACUGCCCGCGCGUCGUUUGCACGCGGUGCAUAUCCUUUCCAAGCAAAUACUCGCAAGAAUUGAUGCAGUCGGACGUGACAUUUCGUUGUCUCCACUGCCACACGGCAUUGGACAAGAAGGCACAUGAAGUCACACCGUACCAUGGAUUUUUUAAGGAUGGCAACCCCGUUCUCUCCUCAUUCAUCCGAAUUACUGGACAGUUGGAAUUGUCCAAACGUUCCCAGAUAUCCAUGACCCCCAUCCUCAUUGUACACUUCAGAAUCAUUGGCUGUGAGAAAACUGUGAGCCCAAUUGAUGCUGUCCAUGGCUAUCUCGCGCCCUAUUUCCCAUUUGGCGGCCUCCACUUGGUCGAUGUGGUGUUCGACCUAGGCACUAGUCGCAAGAUUGAUGAUUACCGUAAGUGA